AUCUGGGAGUCGAUAUUCAAGACGAAAAUCGCCGGCACGAAGCUGUCGGCUUUGUCGACCACACGCAGAGAUCCCAGUCAUAAUGUAUUGAGCUGCCUUUUCCAAAGUCCCCGGAAAUUUCCACCUCUCCACUCAUUCGCUGCCCUGCAGCUGGGAAACCCAGAUGUCCGGCAUGUGAUACAUUCAUUGACGUUUGGAGAUGAUAUUUCGGAAAUUGCCCUCACUGGAUCGUACGAUCCGCUGGCAAAGAAAGACGUGAGCGUAGGUGUAGAUGGACUCAACACACAUGAAUAUAUUUUAAAGAUUGUCCCAUCCGUCUACCAAGACAUCUCUGGAGCCGUCACAAACAGCUACCAAUACACCUAUGGACACCGGGACAACCGCAACCCAUUACGGUCCGCCAUGUCGAAUAUCGACAGGAAGUUUCUACACGUUUUGACAUCACAGCUGGGCAAAUUGACA